CACACACACACAUACUAGUGCAAACAAUGGAUUGGCCGAUUACGGUUUCGAUCAUCUUCAUUUGCAUGAUGACGACGACGAAUACGCAAGCCCAAAACUCCGCCCAAGACUUCGUAGACGCCCACAACGGGGCCCGGUCCGAAGUUGGUGUCCCACCUCUCAUCUGGGACGAGACGGUGGCGGCCUACGCGCAGUCGUACGCAGACCGACGGUCCGCAGACUGCGCGAUGCAGCACUCCGACGGGGGGCCCUACGGGGAAAACCUGGCGGCGGGGUCGUGGGAUUUGAGCGCCAACGAGUCGGUGGGCAUGUGGGUCGACGAGAAGAAAUUCUACGAUGUUGAUUCGAAUGCUUGUGUUGGAGGGGGAGAGUGCGGGCAUUACACGCAGGUCGUGUGGCGGAAUUCGAGCCGGGUUGGCUGCGGUAGGGCCCGUUGCUUGGAUGGGUGGACCUUUGUUACUUGUAACUAUGAUCCACCUGGGAAUUACAUUGGAGAGCGUCCUUUCUAAUUAAGAUGGUGUUUUGAAGAAAUUAAUUUAUGUUAAUGAUUUACUUAGCUUGUGACUAAGUGCUUUUGUUUGAUCCUAAAUGAUGCAAUUAGAUGAUAUUCUUGAAAAGAU